AUGGCGGCGCGCGACGGGAUCGGCUUCUGCCCGGCCUUCAACCAGACCGCCCUCCCGUGCAAGACCGCCGCUCGCUGCCGCUACGCGCCGUGCGUCAACUUCGAGGCGCUCCUCCACUCCGCCUUCAAGGACACUAUCUACGAGCGCAUGCCGAGCGCGGUCAGGCUGGGCACAAGCCGCGGGCGGCGCGGGCGCGGCGGCCGCGGCCGCGGCGGCGGCGGCGGCGAGGUCAAGAGCAACAAGAAGGACUGGGCGAGCGUCGCCCGCGGAGCCGCCCGCUCCCCCUACGACGGCGGCCCACUCCUCGAGUCCAACGAGCCCUCGCUAUACGGGGGGAGCGACGAGGAGCUCUAGGAACGGCCGCCGAGCCCUUCCCGCAGCGCAACCCUAGCAGCGCAGCGGGCAGGGCGGCUCGCGCAGCGCGCGCGCGCGAUCGCGCAAGCGGCGCGCGAGAGCGAGCGAGCGAGCACACACACACACACACACACACACACACACACACACACACACACACACACACACACACACAUGUUGUACACAUGCACAGACACACAGCCCCUUCCCCUUCAAGGGCGAGGACACGCGCAGGGGUCGCACUUCUAGCGAGGCCCACAGAGUGGGAGACUCCUAUCACCGCCACUGCCACCCACGUGUCAGUCUGCCUGUGGUAGAAGAGACUGCCGGUGAGAAGUCGGAGGAAGGUCGCUAGUCGAGAGAGAUCGCCAGUGGAUAGGGAGUCCACCGUGCUGCGAGCCUGUCGCUGUCCCUUGUCAGGAGCAGGAGAACUAGGAGAGCGCAACCAGUAGGAGGCCCGCGCUUGCCCCCGUGCCGCCGGGUGCAACCUGUCCUAUACGAGAGAGGAAUCCCUGGGACCCUGUCGUGAGGGUGAACCCUGCCCAGCCCCCCUCCGUGUCGCGAUGCGCUCCCCGCUCCCGUUCCCCUGUGUCCCUGAUCGUCCUUACAAGAUCCUGCUCGUGCAGGUGGGGACCCUGUCCUUCUCCCACCCCUCGUUUGGCGUGUACGUUGUAUUUAUUUAU